UUGUCGUAACAGAAACGUAAUUUGGAAUGAACAAAUACUCAUAAUCAAUCAUAACUAUUCAACUUCCAAUGAAUACGUUUUUACUCUAUUGUAUCAUACUUCUGGCUAUUUCAAAAAAUGUAUUUUCCUAUAAUAUAUCAAAUUUUAAAAUCGAAGGAGUCUUGAAGUGCAAAGGACAACCUACGCGAGGAAAAAUCAUAAUGGUAGACGACAAUCUUGAUUUCUGGGAUAUCCUUUUGGAUGAGGUACAAGUUUCCGAAAGCGGGGAAUUUGAACUAUACGGCUGGGAAAAUGAUGACUGCCUUAAUAUUAAUAUAAUCAUUGAACAUGGAUGUACUAAAGGGAGAAGUGAAGAAGAAAUACAAUCCAACAUUAACGUUUAUUCCGAAUUUCCCAUAUCGUUAAGUGCCUUGCAUAAACACAAUUAUGAAUUGAAUCAAGACUUUGAGCUAAGGUAUAUGAAGGCUCACAGAUCGUGGCCUCAAAUUCAUAUAUACAGACAUUGGUUAUAUUAUUUACAGACAAAUUCCUUCAAAAGCCUUGAAACUAUAUUUAGAAGACACUAUUGGAGGGCACGACCAGUCAAAAUAAACAGAAAAGUUUCGAGUUCAAUUCAAAAUAAAUGCUACUUUACACAUAUUUUCCUACUUCUUGUAUCUCUUUUUAAUUGUAUCUUUUAGUAUAAUUUUUUUAAAAUUAGUUUUUUUAAACUCACAUCAGAACUAACUCCGUACAUCUUCUGCCUAAAAUCGAGCAUCGGCUUGCGAUACUUCGCUGGCAAAUACAUAUCAUAAUUCGACACAAGGCACCACAUUAAAAAGUUGUUAAUUGAGCUCAAUGGUUUCGACUUGAUAAGUGAAUAUAAAUUGUCAAAAUAA